CUCUUAUGGCCGUUCACAGUAAUAUCCAGAAAUAUCCAGCGGUGGACUCGUUCCUCACACAUUCCGCAGGAGAAGAUGUCCUCCUCUGUCCUACUCACGGCCCUGUUUACCCUUCCUCUUACUGUGGGUUGGGUCGUACUGGGUGAAAGAGAAGAAGUCCAGCAAGUUUGUGCAGGGAAGGAGUUUCGUCUGCCGGUGUACUCGACCAGCAGGAUUGUAACUUUUACACCAGACUCUAAGGGGCCGAGACGUGUCCUGCUGGACAAAACCACUGUGAAGGACGACCGCUUCGAGUGGACCAGGGAUAAGAUGUUAGUUGUGAAGGAAGUGACCCAUGAUGAUCAGGGACUUUAUGCCAUCAAACUGUCAUCUGGAUUCACGUACGAGACCGUUCAUUUGACUGUUUCAGAAUGCAUCAGGUCCUACCACAGAAACUACGGGGAGAACUUUGAGCACAGCAUCCCUGAAAAUGGCUCCCUGCUGGAGUUUACUCCCAGGGGUGCUCCAUCUGAGGCUAUGCCAGUCGUCCUGUGGAACCGGACGGACCCCGAGACCAGCAAUGUGGGCCGGGGGCGGCUGCUGCGGGCUGGGAGGGUCUGGGUGGCCGAGAGAGUGACGCAGGCGGACCAAGGCAACUACACCGUGAGAGAUGGCAGGGGGAAGGUCAUGUCCCGCAGCACCCUCACUGUCCGUGGGCACUCGUUCAAUGUCACCCGCUUCACCAAAGAGUCUCUAAACCUGCCCCUCUUUCUUCCUAUCCCUCAUACCCAUCUCAUUUUUACCCCCACCCGAUACCCUGAUGAGUCCUCCCUGGGCCCUUUUGACCCAAAACCCCCCCGUGGCCCCGUGCAGCUUAUCCGCGAGGGCCAGAUAACAGACCUCGACAUGCGAUACAGGGGCCUCAUCUCUGUGGGCAGGAAUGGCACCAUCAAUGAGGUCGUCAUAGCGAGGCUGACCUCAAGGCACGAUGGGGUGUAUGAAAUCAGAGAUGGGGAUGGAAACUUGGUGUCCUCCACCAUGUUGCAGGUGAUAGAAAAGGGAGGCAGAUGGCGAGCACUUCUCAAGUCUAUCACAGUCCCUUCUGGGAUGUUUUUAUCACUGGCUGGUUUCAUCCUGUUCUUGAAGCAGUACCCGAGCUGCAGCCUCAGGCAGAUCAUCACUGGCCUCAGAGCGAACCGCGCACCACCAGCCAACCCUCCGAGGGUCAACAUCCAGGACUACAGCCAGCGCAGCCCUCAGCCCUCAGGCUUCUACCCUAGCUCUCAGCAGCCUGGAACACCAAGAAAAUGGACCCCAAGAGCCAGUCCCGCUCACACUGGUUACAGUCCGGUGAUGGUUGCAACUCCGAGAGCUCAGAACCAGGAAGCAAACAGAUUAACAGCUGGGAGCUCCCCUAGCCAUAAUCCAACUACUGAGCGGGACACAUCUAAUGAGGAAGAGAAGAGGAUUACCUUUUCGGUACCCGGGGCCUCAGACUGCCUCCACUCCUCUGAGGACUGUGUUCAAUUCCAGAUCAAGAAAGAGGGAAACAAAGAAAGGGGGAAGACAUCACAAGACUGCUUUUCCACACUGCCUCUAGACACGGACACCUCUGAAUCCGGCAGUGUUUACACCUCGGAGAAACUGAACUUCUUAUAAAACAGAGAAUUGGAGCUGACAUGAGGGAAGAAGAAGCGUAAGGCAUGGAGAGUAUAAGAAGAAAGACCUAACCUGUGCCUUUUGCAUCUUAGCUUAGUUUUAAUGGUUUCGGUAUCAAUAUUGCAUGUCAUUUUUUCAUGUGAUUUUUCUGAAGUGUGAGUUGAAUAUUAGCCUUCCCGUCUCAUUUUACAUAUUUCUCGACACUGCUGAUGCUGCUCCUGAAAAUCUCCUGCUGUUAACUACCUCCAGACCCUCAGGACCAACAUGAUCUGCACUUGAUUUGCUGAGUGGUGGUAUGUGUAUGAUAGUGAGAGUAAUGUGGUCUCUAGGGCCGCAUAGAAAUUAGAAAUGUGAUACAAAAGGUUGCAAAAAGGUAGUGCAUUAGUAGAGUACAAUAAUAGAGUUGACGUCUUCUUGCCCAUCCAUCAUGUUAACCAUUCCUGACUGCAGCAACAUUUAAUUAUCAUGUUAAAUGUCUGUUCUGCAGUUCAUUGAUGUUUGCAGUGAUAUAGUGUAUUUGCCCUUUAGGUGACUUAAGUAAUAGCUAUGUGUAUAUAACAUGUUUCACCAAAUAUUGCAAUAGCCAAUUAAUCUGUGAACUUCAUGCACAGGAUAAUAUCACCAAAUCUUUCUAUUGACAAAAGAGGCUUGA